AUGAAAUUAAGUGAUCCUUUUGAUUAUGAAAAUGAUCUAAAAUAUGCAGAAUCCCAACCUGUUUCAUUUUGGGAUGACAUUGCCAAAAAAUAUAUACAUUGGGAUAAAAUGUAUGAUAAAGUUUAUAGUGGUGAUGAAAUGUAUCCAGAUUGGUUUAAAGGUGGUGAAUUAAAUACAUGUUAUAAUGUUUUAGAUAUUCAAGUUCAAAAUCCAUUAAAAAGAGAUCAAGACGCAUUAAUUUAUGAAUGUCCAUUUUUAAAGAAAACUGUUAAAUUAACUUAUUAUCAAUUAUAUGAAAAAGUAUGUGAAUUUUCAAGAGUACUUUUAAAUUUAAAUAUUUCAAAAAAUGAUAAUAUUUUAAUAUUUAUGGCAAAUACAGUUGAAGCACCAAUUGCAAUGUUAUCAUGUGCUCGUAUUGGUGCAACUCAUUGUGUACUAUUCGAUGGCUAUUCAACAAAAAGUUUAAUAGAUAGAAUUGAAGCUGUAAGACCAAAAGUUAUUAUUACCUCAAAUUAUGGUAUUUUAAAUGAGGAAAUUAUUACAUUUACACCAAAUUUAAUUGAAGCAAUUGAAAUAUCAACUUUUAAACCAGAUCAUGUAAUUACACAUAAUAGAGAUUUAAUUAGUUCCGAUGCACAAUUAUCAAUAAUUGAAACUAUACCUACUGUACCAUCUUCUUUGGAUUGGGACUUGGAAAUCAACAAAAUUAAAGAAAACAAUCAAACACCAUUCUAUGAAUAUGUUACAGUAGAAUCAAGUCAUCCACUUUACAUUAUUUAUACAAGUGGUACAACUGGUAAUUCAAAAGGAGUUGUUAGAAGUAAUGGUCCACAUUUAGUUUGUUUUGGUUAUCUUUGGCCAUCAAUUGUUCAAAAAAAUACUACUUUCUUUUCUCAUACUAGUAUAGGAUGGGUAUCGUUUCAUUCAUUUUUGUAUGCUUCAUUAUUACAUGGAUGUUCAUUUGUGAUGUUUGAAGGUGGAAUUGUAAAACCAAAACAUAUGGAAGAUGAUAUUUGGUCAAUUGUUGAAAAGCAUAAAGUUAGUGCAUUUCUAACAUUAGCAAAAACAAUAAGAUAUUUAAAUAAAGUUGAUCCAGAUGCAAAACAAAUACAUUCAAAAUAUGAUAUUUCAAGUUUAAAAUCAAUUUGGAAUGGUGGUGAAGUUAUUGAAGAUUCAAUUCCAGAAUAUAUUGAAAACAAACUAAAAUCAAGACCAUCUAUUGGAUAUGGUCAAACUGAAACUGGUUAUUUGUAUUUAUUCGAUUACAUAAAAUCAAAAAAAAAUCCAUACAACACAGUUGGUCCACCAUCACCAUUUGUCUACCCAUCAAUUUUAUCAGAAGAUGGUAUUGAAUUACCAGUGAAUCAAAUUGGUGAAAUCGUAUUCAAAUUACCAUUACCACCUGGAUUCGCUUCAACAUUUUAUAAAAAUGAUGAACAAUUUAAAAAAGUUUUAACAAAAUUCCCAGGUUAUUAUAGUAGUGGUGAUUUAGGUUAUAAAGAUGAAAAUGGAUAUUAUGCUAUCGUUUCAAGAGCAGAUGAUCAAAUUAAAAUUGGUGGUAAUAAAGUUCAAUUAAACACAAUUGAAACAUCAAUUUUAAAACAUCCAAAUGUUAUUGAAUGUUGUUCAAUUGGUAUUUACAAUCCAGAUUGUUAUAAUAAACCAAUUGGUUUAUUAACUUUAAAACAACAAGAUUCAAAUGUCGACUUAAUUCAAUUAAAAAAUGAAAUUAAUAGUAUCAUCACACAAGAUAUUGAUAAAUUUGCUCAAUUAACACAUAUAAUAAUUGUUGAACAAUUACCAAAAACUAAAAGUGGUAAAAUCCAAAGAUUAAUCAUUUCUAAAUUUUUAAAUGAUAAUAAUUUUAAAUUACCUGAUCAUGUAUUUGAAAGUCAACAAAUAUAUACAGAUAUUAAAAAUUUAUAUUUAAAUAAUUUAUAA